AUGUCGGAGUCAGACAAUGGCCCUGUCGCAAGCGUGCCUUCAGAACUCACUCCCAAAAUUCAUUCAGCUUCAGUCGCCCAGUCUCCCGACGAUGCACCGCCAAGCACACCUCUCGAUAGCAUGGAUGUUUCGCCUGCACCCGAAACUGCGCAACCCCUCGAGACGCCUCAGUCGCAGCCCAUGACCGCCACCGCGUCUUCUUCCUCACAGCACCCCCCGCCCGACCAGGUCGAUGCAAACAGUGUAGGCCCUACAAGUUAUGGAACUCGUUCUAGGAAUCGUACUGGAGGACGCAUUAAUUAUGCUGAAGACAAAGAUCUAGACAUCGAGUUGGAGGCUUUGAGUAAACCUCAGCGGUCCAGCAAGAGAACCUCUGCUGCUGCCACCGAGAGUCAAGCUGCCACUCCUAGCUAUACUGCGGUCAAUUCUCUUGUUGACCAGCCCACUGACAAUGGGCCUGCCACGUCAUCUGCGGCCCAUACUCCGGCUUCAACCCCUGCUCCUGCGCCUUCAAAGAAGAGGAAACAACCUGGUGCCAACCACACUGUCGCUGCACAUUCGAGUGCCACCGCUUCCCGACUGAGAAAUACUGCCUCAGUCCCUUUCAAGGGUUAUGUUGAGACAAACAUGAUGAGUUUCACAAACUGUGGGCGCAGACUCAACCCGAAAAACCAGUUAGUUUCGGACGACGGCACAGUCGUGCAGGCAAACGAUCAUGUCUACUUUGUUUGUGAACCUCCCGGGGAGCCGUACUAUCUUGCGCGGAUCAUGGAGUUUCUGCACCAGAAGAACGACCCUGAACUUCCCAUUGAUGCGAUGCGAGUCAAUUGGUACUACCGUCCGAAAGACAUCCUCCGGCGUGUCCAAGACACUCGGGUCGUCUUUGCUUCAAUGCAUUCCGAUACCUGUCCCCUCACCUCGAUUCGUGGGAAGUGUAACAUUCAGCAUCUAUCUGAUAUCUCCAACAUGGACGAAUAUCGAUGCCAACAAGAUUCAUUUUGGUUUGACAAGCUUUACGACCGUUAUAUGCACCGCUAUUAUGAGGUCAUCCCUGUGCGCAAAGUCGUCAAUGUACCCCAGCGGGUCAAGAUGGUACUAGACCAAAGGUGGAAGUUUGUUCUGGUCGAGGUUGGUCGAGGUCGUGAAUUGACCAGCGAGAGCAAGAAGUGCACGAAAUGCGAGCAGUUUGCUAGCAAUCAUGACUCGGUCGAUUGUGCAGUAUGCAAGAAAACAUACCACAUGCGGUGCGUGAGGCCACCACUUCUGAAGAAGCCUGCUCGAGGUUUUGCGUGGGCCUGCGCUGCCUGCAGCAGGGCACAGGAGAUGAAGAUGGACUACCGGAAUACUCCUGCGGGCUCCGAAGCGGCCCAUGGAGAUGAUGACGAUCCUAUGGACGAGGACGAAGACGACAGUGGUCCGAGAACCCAAGACACUCGCGAGAGUAGCGCUGCCCCGGAGCCACAUCCAGAACCUACACCUGCCCAAAUUGCACAAGCAAAUCUGUGGCCGUGGCGAUACUUGGGGGUCCAUUCUCGAGUGGAGGACGCUCUAGAUUAUGACGAUCGUAUCUAUCCCCGUGCCAGCUCUAGACUUGGUCCUCGCCAUCAGGCAAAUGUCAACGUGUGGCAUGGUAGACCUGUGGAAUUGGUCAAGCCCGCUGAAAUCAAGCGAAAAUAUAUGAAACACACCAAUCUUAAAGGCGCCAAGCCUUCUAAGGAUACCGGUACUGACACGGACAAAGACCAUCGUCUCAAACGUCCUAAGUGGGUGGUUGACGAGCCGCCUGGCUACAUCCCCCGUGGACUCGAUGAGCCAGUUGAAAUCAAAGGUAAGAAGGAACAUACUGCUCAGUUGAUUUUCAAAAUGCCAGAACCACAGACCCUUGAAAGGGGUGGUGACGACAACAACGAGCCGCCGGAGGAUGCAGAAAGGAUUGUGGAUGACUAUAUGAAGCGAGUCAAGCCAAUCGCCCAACAGUACAACGUUCACGACACAUCGGUUGACUUUCUUACUAAAGCGAUCGAGAAGUUACAGGAGAACAAUUAUGAUGUCGAAAAAGCACUGCAAGCUAUGAAAGGAUUGUCCUUGAGAGCAGAUUUGAAGCAACCCGAUUUAAAUCGCGAAGAGAUCAAACGAUUUGAAGAAGGAGUCGCCAAAUAUGGGAGUGAACUCCACGCAGUGUCUCGGCACGUCGGAAGCAGUGUCAAGGAGUCAAGAAUUGUUCGUUUCUACUACAUGUGGAAGAAAUCUGAGCGUGGACGACAGAUCUGGGGCGCCUUCGAGGGGCGACGAUCAAAGAAAGAGUCCAAGCGCGCCGAUAAAGAAGGCAACGCCCCGAAAUUGCUAGAUGAUGUAGCACAUGACUAUGACGACUCCGCCUUUGACGACGAGAAAGCACAGCAGAAAAAGCGUGGCUUCGAAUGCAAAUUCUGUUCAACCCGUCACUCUAGACAGUGGCGACGGGCUCCGCAGACCGCUCCUGGUACACUUGUGCCCAAAGACCAGUCGGCCAAGAAUAGCAAAGAUAAAAGCCUAUGGCUGACAUUGGCGCUUUGUGGAAGAUGUGCAUACUUGUGGCGCAAAUACGCCGUUCAGUACGAAGACAUCGAAGAAAUCUCGAAGAAGAUCGCCUCAUCUGGAAGCAGAGCCGCUAAACGAAAGGUUGACGAAGAGCUACUACGUUUGAUCCUUGAGGCACAUCAGAUGUCAGGCGAUCCUAUUCCUCCUCGUGCAGCGGAUGAGGUGAACAAAGCUGGCCUGGAGGUGCCUGCUAAUAUCAUCCAACCGGACGAGCCACCCAAGAAGAAGACCAAAGCCGAUAAAGACGUCAAUGCUCAACCGACCCUAGACGUACCUCCCGUGGAGAAGAAGAAGCAAGUGCCAGAGAAGCCUCAAGAACCUCCCCCUAUUGAACCGGAUCCACCUAAGGUGAAAAUUCAUCCAUGUGCUGUUUGCCACGUGAUCGAUGUUCCGGGUCAGAAGUUGCUUAAAUGCCGAGACUGCAGGUUGCAUGUCCAUGGUGCUUGCUAUGGAAUAGGACCAAAAGCAAAUACGAACCCCUGGUUUUGUGACAUGUGCAGGAACGAUCACAAUUUACAAGUCUCGACGACCUAUGAGUGUGUUCUCUGCCCUGUCAAAUACACCCAACAGGAACUUAUGGAGCCUCUGAGAGCGACCCAUAAAAAGAAAACUGACCGCGACCGCGAAAAAGAACGCAUAGAACGCGAAAUCAUUCAGGAAGCGAGUCGGCGCUGGAGAAUGGAACAAGAAGCGGCAGGUCGCCCCGUCAACCCACGGGAAGCCCUUAAAAGGACGGCUUGGAACAAUUGGGUACAUGUCACAUGUGCAAUCUGGACCAAGGAGAUCAAAUUUGGCAAUGCAGAUUUGCUUGACGAAGCUGAGGGUGUCGGUUUCAUUCCUGCUGAAAGAUUUGAACCUGCGUGCAAGCUUUGCAAAAGGACUGGAUUGCCAACCGUCAAAUGCCACCAAACGAACUGCAACUCGUACUUUCAUGUGGGCUGCGGUCACCAGGCAGAGUACCUGUUCGGUUUUGACGUUGCCCCGGUUAAGAGCAGUCGACGAGAUGCCGUCAACGUGAUGAAAUUUGACAAUGAAAGUGGCAUUGUGACUGCUGCUAUCUGGUGCCCAGCCCAUCAACCGACAUCCUACGUGCACAGCAUGCUUGAGCCAACAGAGUCUGGCUUGACUGCCAUGCAGCUCUUCGCUCAUACAUACAAGCAAGUGGACGCUUCAACGACAGGGACGGUUCGACGCGCGGCUCAAUUCACCACCAAUAUUACUACCUCGGCAUUUCCAGUUCAUUCCUCACAAGGCCGUACUUCUGUCAUAAAUGGCACCACCAGUGGCUCUGCAUCGCAGAUUGAAAUGCCAGCAGGACACAGUCUUCGAUCCUCGCCGGCAGCCGAAUCACCACGAGCUCUCGACGAUACCGUGAUCGAGUCAAGGAAUGCCGAAUCAACAAUAAAGAAGUCUGGUGGCGUCAGAAAAUGCUGUACAUGCUUGGUGGAUGUUAGUCCUAGAUGGUGGCCCAUUGCACAAGAUGGCCAUGUUUCAUCACGCUCUCCACCAAUGACCAACGGAGCACAAGCAGAUGGCGGGUAUGGACCUAGCAAUGGAUCUUACGACACUUUCAUGACCAAUGGCCUUGUCAAGGCAGAACCCGUUGAUGGUCCUGCAGUGAGCUCUUUGGCCGAUGACAAGGCUUCUGCGCAAUAUCAAUGCCACAAAUGCCAUGUCUUGAAACGUGAGCCACCCACGUCACCCUCACAGAUCAAGCCACGCGAAGCACGCUCGAUUGAACCUGUUCAGGAAGUAUUUGCAUAUCCGCCACCGUCUUCCUUCCCUGCACCUCCUGCGCCGCCCACUUAUCCUCUCAAUCGUCCAUCGUUGGAUGUCUCACCACAUUCGCAUCCAAACGGAGCGCCGAUUGCCCCUCCACCUCCACCGCCUCCUUCUCAUCCUCCAGCAUGGCAGACUGCGCCUCCUCCUCCUCCUCCUCCUCCUCCUCCACACUGGUCUUCGGCAUCUAUCCGUCCUGCGAAUCAUCAAUCUCCUGUGGGUGGAAUUUAUGGUCAUUCAUCCCUCUAUCGGCCUGCUCCACCUCAUGAAUACAAUCCACCUCCUUACGGUCGACCACCACAUAGUUCACCAUAUGGAUCCGCUCCACCACCUCCUCCGGCCGGUCUUGCCACCAGCCACUUAGCGCAGCAUUCACCUCCUCCUGGACCAUACGGUCAUGGCGUGUCUCAUCAUUCUAUGCCACCUUCUGCUUCGCCGUCUCUGCCACCACGGUAUCCCUCACCCCCUCGAUUUGGACCAGAACGCCCUCCAGUACCAUCGCCUAGACUGGGACUCGGCGGUCGAGAUAUUCUAGCUCGUCCGUAUCCUCCUGAUCCACCUCGUCAAAGCGGGAUAGGCUCACCAGUCAAUGGAUAUACCGUGCCACAUUCGUCGAGUCAAAGAAUAUACAGCCAACAAGCGCCUCCGCCGCCACCACCGCUUACAAUUGCGAGACAGCCGUCAUCGUCACAGUCACUUGCCCAAAUUGCACAGCAAGCGGAACAAGCCGGACGGCCACAUUCUAGACAGGCGAGUGUUGAGAUGACAGGCACACAGAGGUUUGGUCCUCUAGCUGUGCCGAGCCCCACACAUCGGCCUAUCACUCCGGCCACUGGAGUACCGGCAAGGGAUGAGAAGAGAGAUGGACCUGGAGCGAGUGCGAGUCCUAGCCUGAGGAAUUUAUUGAGCUGA